AUUUUACGUGGGUAUGUAUACGUAUAGCAAAAAUACAUACAAGUAUUAUACUUAAUGCAUUAUAAUAAUAUGUUAAUAAUAUGUUUGUACGUUUAAACAUCCUUAUUUUACUAACAAUAAGCAUUGCAAAAAUUUCAGUUGGGGAAAAAUUUAUAAAGUUUUGCUCAGAAAAUGAAGAAUGUGAAGACAUAUUGGACUCGCUUUGUUCUUUGCCAGAUGGUCAUUGCAAAUGUUUGAACAAUAAAUUUUUGGUUUAUAUUUAUGGAAAGUUACAAUGUGUAGAUGAUGUCGGAUACAACCAAAAUUGUUUAGCCAGUGAACAGUGUCAAACGAAAUUGGGAGGAAAUAGCGAAUGUGAGGAACUAACGAAAGUUUGUAAAUGUAGAGAAGAUUUUCAUUUCAAAGACAAUGCAUGUCAUAAAACAUCAUAUUUAUAUGAGUCCUGUGCAUCAAGUUCCAAUUGCUUGGCAUUAAAUCAUAUCUCCCCUGUUUGCACAAAUUAUAUUUGUGACUGCCCCAAGGGAUUUACGUCAGAUGCGACCGGGACAUUAUGUAUCCCUGGUAAAAAAUUAGGGGAGGAUUGCGAUGAUCAUUAUGAUUGUAGAAAUGUUGAUAACGCAAUGUGCCAAAGAACUUGUAAAUGUAAAUUUGGAUUUACUCCAAAUAGCAACAACAAGUACUGUUUAUAUGCACGCCAAAAAUAUGGCGAAGACUGCGAGGAAGAUAUUCAAUGUACAUCUAUUAAAUACAGCUAUUGUCACCGAGAAUUUUUUAACUGUUCUUGUAAAGAUACAGACCAUUUAAUAAAAAAUAUUUGUCUGGAAACAAAGAAGUUAAAUAAUAUUUGUAAUAUAGAUGAGGAAUGUCAAUACAAGCCGGAACUUGUUGAUGUCAUGGGAUGUGUGGAAAAUACAUGUCAGUUGAGAAAUGGAAGUUCUUCUUACGGAAAUUAUUUUCUUAAUGGUUGGAUGAUGCUUAUAUAUAUUAGCAUUCCUAUUAUUAUAAUUAUUAUUAUUAUUAUUAUUGUUCAUAAUUUAAUACAUAUAAAAAGAAUUCUACUCGGCUGAAGAGUCGUAAAAUUGUACAUGACAAGACAGAGAAAUGCAUGAAAAACAACCCUCGAGUUAAUGUUUAACGAGAACGCAAACUAGAAAUAUUUCCGGUUUUGUUGUUUUUUUACGUGUAUGCAAACCAUGUACAGGGUGUUUCACGUUCGUGGUCCAUUAGAAGUUUCUGGGAAACGAAAAAUGAUAUCGAAUUGAAAUUUGAAAAGCGUUUAUAAUCUAAAGUGUAAGUCUAACUUUGUUAUUUCAAAUAUAUCACCCCAUACACGGUGGUCAAAACUUAAGGAUAGGACGAACAAAAAUGCCAACCAAAACUGAU